AGCCGCAAUUGAGCUGGAGAUACGCUAAACCAGGUUCGGCGUGUGCAUAUGAAAGGUUAGCCAGCCACCUGCAUUUCUGGUCGACGCGUACAGAAGUUCCACCGAUCCGUAAUCCAUUUCGUCAGAGAUCAGUAAUACGCACUAGAAUUUAGAAGCAAACCCGGAGCACAAACCGCCAUUUGCGCGACACUACCUGUGACUUUGUUCAAAUCACACGUACGGCAACAGCUGCUGACUAGCAGACAAUGGCGUCUCAGGCCAAUCCCACACUUCUUCAAGGCCUGCUGCUUCUACUACCGCUCUUCGUGGCUACAGCCGCCGCGUUUAACGGCGUCGGACCCGUCGAGCGAGUCGCCCCACCGCCAGGGCUUCUGAGAUGUAUCUUGCGCGUAGAUCUGAAGGACAACAACGUCAUCAGCUCGUCGCUCGGCGGAGACCUCGGCGGCAACGGCGACCUCAACAUCUACGUGUACAAGUUCCAAGGCGGGCUGGACGUGCAUAUCAGCUACAACACUCACGAGCUCUCCCUUCCGAUGCCGCCCCUCAACCAAUCCAUCAACCUCGGGCAGCGAGGCACCAACGGUGACGUGUUCUGGAACAUCGAGGGCACGUGGACGCAACGAAACGAGGACCAGUUGGAGCUGAAGCGCAUCUACAAGCGCGCGCCGAGCGUCAUUAUCCCCGGUACAGGCAUGUCCGUUUACAAGAUGGUGAAAAUGAUUGAUCGGAAUCCGGGCAAAUACUAUGCGACGAUUGUGACGGAUAUGUAUCCCGAGGGGGCAAUUCGCGGGCAGUUUUCCCGCGGGUGGCCCAAGCCGCUGUUCACUAGGCCUGUAUGCUAGGUUCUAAGAUCCUAGGCGUUCUAAUUAUUAGGCAUGGUUCUGAUCGGAUCGUUGUCCGGUUUGUUUAUAGGCGAAAUUCGUCCAAUCUAAUAUAGGUACAUGAACUGGCUGUGUAGUUGCUCAGUGGUUGAGAGGCCCUGAGCUGGGGUGGCUGCCGGUUUUGGGGGGGGGGAUGAAGUGAUAAUAGCAGAGCGAGAGAACGUGCUUGCAGCAAGACUCUCGUCCCUUCUGGAUAACAGGAUCACAGCCCAUCUAAUCUACCGGUAUUUCACCA